CACCACUCAGCCUUACCUCUCCUCCGGAUCACGGUGAACAAGCCAAGGAUCACGAAACAUCAUGUCUCUCUCAUCUAUUCUCUCUGCUGAUGCCAUCGACAGUGCUAUCAAGGACUGCCAAGCACCAGACUCCUUCUGCCCUAAGAAGUUCUUCCAGCUGUCUGGACUCUCCAAGAAGAGCGCCCAGGAUGUGAAGAAAGUAUUUGGAAUCCUGGACAAUGACGGAAGCGGAUACAUUGAGGAAGAAGAGCUGAAGUUCUUCCUGCAGAGGUUCUCACCCAGCGCUCGGGUUCUGACAGACAAGGAGACCAAGUGCUUCAUGAAUGCUGCUGAUGAUGACAGCGAUGGUCGGAUCGGAGCAGAUGAGUUCCAGGCCAUGGUCCACUCCUAAGCGGCUCGACCUGGACUUUCUUCCGCCUCCACUGCUUCAAGGGCUAUGUUAGUUUAAGCACCAGUCAGAGUAGAUAUUCUAAGAUAUUUUAUUUUGCAGAAACACACGCCGAUUCACAGCAAACCACAAUUUCCUUUCAUGUUUUUUUUUCAACUUAUCAU